AUGACAGCGUUGUCACAGGACUUUGCACUAUGGCGGGGCCAUAGCCAAGCUCAUCUCGGCCAUGGUCUCUCAACCGGCGCAGCAGGGCAGCAACUGGGCAGAGUUGCACCAACGAGUUCGACCAUGACUCACGUGGUUGCAGCCUUUAGCCUUGGCCUUUGCAGCCACCGUGUUUGGAACCGACUUCGGAAACCGUGGAGGCCUUGCGGCAACAACGCGCGAUUAAAAAUGCGUGCACAGGAUGUUGUCGGUCGUGCUGGAUUCCUUCGAAAUUUGCAAUGGCCAUUGGGAUUGUUGGGUGGCCGCCAGAGGUCCGGAAAUCAGACAGCCACGUUGGAAAAGGACUACGAUGGUGACACCUCACCAGAAGAGGAACUGGCUCGACUUACGAAUCCGCAACAAAAUGUUGCCAUUCUGGGAACACGGGAUUGCACAUACAACCAUCAACAGGAGAUCGAGGCACUCACCCAGGGCCAUGUGGAAAGAGGGCAUCGUAUUUACACGUCAGGGUCCAGUGGUACGAACUCGGCCGUGAUCAAAGCUGUCCUCGAUAAAGGAAGGCCUGAGUUGCUUACAGUUGAGCUUCCACAAAGCCUGGAAAAGCAAGACGACGAGGUUCAGGCCCUGCUGAAAAGAUGCAAGGACGAGGGGGCGACUGUCUGCUCGCAUCGGGAGUGUGACCAUCUGGAGUUAGCCGCUGCUGCUGCGAAGUGCAACACGCGCAUCCUGGGUCAGGUCGACAGACUAGUGGUUUUCGCCACUCAUCGCUCUGACAAGUAUUUGGGCUUAGUCAAGGAGGCUAAAGAGAACAAUGUGAUGGUGGCUGCUUUCAACGUGGAAGUCUGCAACUUCAUGGCAAAGGGUACAGCGGCUGUCUUCGAGCUUGCCAUGCAUGGGUGGCGCUGGUCAGCAAACGCUAAGCUUCUGGAUGAGAUCCAAGGCGCUAUGCAGUGCGGGCUUUGCAUCCGGAUGUUGGCUGAUGAUGAUGAUGAUGAUGUUGGCGAUGAUCAGGAACAGAAUGUGUAUGUGGCGAAGCCCGGUGUGACGAAGCUUUCUCUGAGGCAGCGUCUGGCAGCCCGCGGGGCCGCCAUGGCGGCAUCCCCCCAGGCUCGGGAGCACCUCAAAGGCAAUGUGCCAAAGGCAAGUAGCCAGCAGAAGCUGCUCUUCCAGAGCUCUCCAGCGAGGAACGGAGACAAAGCCUACGUGGCUACACCCUGCAGAAGUCCUUGUCACGCAGAUCUAGGUGGAGAUCCCACAAGUGGGUGCCAGGAUCGGCAAGAAGUGGCGAAUCUGGGUGACAGGAGGACAGCUCCAGCACCGACACGUGCUCAUGCUGGUGCUGAUGGUAGUGCCCAUGCGGCCGACAUCUUGCAGGCACGAGAACGAGAGGCCUCGGAGGAAGUGGCCAGAAUCCUGCAACUGCAGGAAGGAAAGAGGGCAUUCAGAUCCGAAUUGAUGUGGGCCAAAGCAGUAUUAGGCUUGGACUCGUCGGUGACGGAAGUCUCAUCCGUUCAGCAGGCAUUCCGAUCACUGAUGCGCAAGCUUCAUCCGGACCGUAUUGGGACCUGCAGUGGGGCCACCGAGGCCAUGGAUGAGCUCCGUCAGGCAAAGCAACUCUGCGAGCAUAAAAUGAAGUUUUCAGAGCUCCAUCCUCCUGGAGCACCUGUGCGGCUAGCAUUUGCCAUGCUCUGCACUGCGCCUGGUCGUCGGCGCUUCCGUGUCACUUGGCAGCCUCCAUCGACAUCAGCGUCGUCUCCAGUUCGGAAGUACUUGGUGGCAGCUCUUGAUCCUUCCUUCGGCCAGCCGCUCACUGUCACGGUCCUUGAGUCGGAAUACAAUGAAGAGCUCAAGAGAUGUUUGUCUUUGGACGAGCUUACAAGCUGUGUCCUGGCAGAGGAGGACUUGGUGAAGAUGCCAGCAUUUUUCCAGCAGGCCGCAGCAGUUGUCUACGUAGCAGCUGCCAAUGAAGCUGGCCAGUCGAAGUGGUCAACUAUCAACGUGCCCUUGCGCAUGGCCGUGCAGGCCACAAACAUGGUCGAAGUAGUUCCUCCUUCCCCUACGAAGAACAAGCCGGAGCCUGCAAAGAGCGCCCAGGCAAAAGUGUCUUCCCGACAAUGCAAGGAGUUUGAAGCAACUGCACAUUCGCUCCUGAAGAAGGCAAACGGUGCAGCAGAGCUUUGUGCCUGGCUCCGUCGCCAAAGCAGGGGGCUUCUUGCUAGCUGGCUGCAGUCUCAGGCGUGGCCGACAAAAGGUUCCAAGGCAGAGCUGGUGGAUCGCGUUGCCUUUGCAGUGGGGGCAAUUGGAAAGGCCAAGUGA